GUAGCUCUCUCCGACUUUGAAAUGUGGAAUAAAUUUAGUAAUUUCUUUUGCAAUGUCCCGUUAAAAAUAUUGUUGUAAAUGUUAGGAUUUUUUGUUGUUAUUGUGCCCUGUUUGCAGAUGUGAAUAGAUAAAUUAUUUCAGCCGAAAAGGUUCAAAAGUUGGAAAAGAAUGCCAUCGACACACCUUAGCCUCCGCGAAGACGACGUAGUGCGUCUAGCAUUGGAGUUCCUAAACUUGCGCGACUUGCAUAUCACCCAGCUGUCACUAGAGCGAGAAACCGGUGUCAUCAACGGCAAUUACGCUGACGACGUACUGUUUCUGCGGCAACUGAUUCUAGAUGGACAGUGGGAUGAUGUACUCGAGUUCAUACAACCACUCAGCGCUCUGAAAGCAUUUGAAGCUGAUAAAUUCAAUUACGCAAUUCUUAGACAUAAAUAUAUAGAACUUCUUUGCAUUAGAUCCGAGAUAAAGGCUUACAACAAUGUUGAAAACAUCGUUGAUGAAGUCGUCAAAGUUCUUAGCGACUUAGAAAAAUUAGCUCCUUCUAAAGAAGAAUAUUCUAAUUUGUGUCUUCUGCUUACACUUCCUAGUAUAACCGACCAUACUCAAUUUAAAAAAUGGAACCCGAGUAAUGCGAGGGUCCAAUGUUUCAGAGAAGUAUAUCCUCUGGUAGAACAAUUUUUGCCUUGCGAUAAAAAAUCCUUUUCAAGUGGAACAGCGCCAAAAAGUGCGAAAAACGAUCGACUCAUGCAAUUACUUAUAAAGGGGAUUUUAUACGAAUCUUGCGUUAAUUACUGCCAGGCCAAAGCCACUGGAUCCAAAGAAGCACAGACAAAUGAAGUAAACUUUUCCCGCCUAUUAGAUGGUUCCGGAUUUGACGAGUCGGACUUGAGUUUGUUGUCGUGGCUUCAGUCAAUCCCGGCGGAGACUUUCAGUGUACCUUUCGAGCAACGAAUGUUAAAUGUUGACGUAGAAAAGUUAGAGCGACCGUCAUUGCAUACUUCUUGGACUGAACAUAUGCUUGUAACACCAAUUAAACCGCGCACCUUUCCGCACUUGGCCAUGCCAUUUAGAAGACCUCGGUCUGCAGCAGAUGCCAUGACAAGAUCUCUCCGACCUCUACCUGACGGAGCACCUCGGCAUCCCGCGGUCAUGGCUCUAUCUGCAAUCGACUACAGUCCCUCUUCCUCUUAUUUUGCUGGUUUCCAUCUAACUGGAAUUAAAGGCAACAAGCUAAUGAACACGUCAGUGGACAGAUUGUUCGAUAACAAAAACUGUGACAGUAUUUACAACGGGCUAAAUGAAUCCUUGAAACCCAUCGAGGAGCAAUUGAAACCCAUCGGUGAAUAUACUAAGACCAACGAGAGCAGUAGUAUAGGAGCUUCCAACGCUACUACACCAGAGCAUAGAGCACACGAUUACUCAGCAUCUACGUCCAUAUCAACGGCUGCAGUUUCAGAGCGACCUUCAACUGACGUCUUGCCCGGUCCAGACGGGGACUUCCGUAGGGAAUUACUCAAAGAAUAUCAGAUGCAGAAGACGCGUGAGUGCGAUGAUUACCUCCGUAAUCUAUGUUCUUCUGAAAUCAGGACACAGAAACCGCAGGAGCAAGUAGGUGACAGUGCAUCCGCUUUUCCCUCUGCUGUGAAGUAUCCAGCGCCUUCUAAUGUGGAACAAAGUCAACCAAUGCCAGACCAUUCUAAGUACUUAAGAAAAAAUGAGAUCAACGAGUCUAUUGAAGUGCCGGAAACGCCUAAUGCGCCAAGCAGGAACGGUAGUCAGAGUGCGCUUGGCACUCCAGCCGUUGCGGAAGUGAACGGCUCCCGGCCGACCUUCAAGCCAGUGACAGUGCUAGAAGAUCUACAGGCAGUGCGUUGUGCUGAAUUCCAUCCCGGCGGCAGAUUGUACGCUGUGGGCUCCAACACCAAGACGCUCAGGAUAUGCAGCUAUCCCAAGAUCGAUGAUGUCAAAGACAAUAGUUCACCGACAGCGCCAACUGUGCUGCUAAAACGCACUAAGCACCAUAAAGGUAGCAUCUAUUGUCUGGCCUGGAGCCCGGCCGGAGAUCUUCUAGCCACCGGUUCCAAUGACAAGACAGUUAAGCUCAUGAGAUUCAAUAGCCACACCUGCAACCUGGAGGGACAGGAGGUUGAGCUGACUAUGCAUGACGGAACGGUCCGUGACGUGUGCUUCAUAGAGGACACCUCAAACAAAACCAGCCUUCUCGUGAGUGGUGGCGCUGGGGACUGCAAGAUAUACGUAACAGAUUGCGCUACCGGGAAGACUUUCCAGGCGCUGAGCGGUCAUUCCGGGCACGUGCUGUCUCUAUACAGUUGGGGUGGAGCUUUGUUCGUGUCAGGGAGUCAGGAUAGGAGCGUCCGUUUCUGGGAUCUGAGAACAGCUGGUUGCGUCAACGUGAUCGCACCCCCGCCAGCCGGACAGCAUGCGAAGGGGUCAGCUGUCGCGUCUCUGGCAGUGGAUCCGAGUGGUCGUCUCCUAGUAUCUGGUCACGAAGAUGGCUGGUGUGGUCUACACGACGUGCGCGGCUCUCGUUCCUUGCAGCGGUUCUCGCCUCACGCGGGCGAUGUACGAUCAGUUCGUUUCUCACCCGGAGCUUACUAUUUACUGACAGCUGGAUACGACGGACGUGUAGUACUUACAGAUCUUCAAGGUGACCUCACGUGCGCACUUCCUAGCGUACCAGUGGCUCGUCACCCGGACAAAGUGAUCUCAGCUCGCUGGCAUCCCGAUGACUUCUCAUUCCUUUCAACGUCAGCUGAUAAGACAGCUGUUCUAUGGACCAUACCGCCACUAUAGAUCGUAUUACGUCGUAUAUCACCGUAUACCGCGGAUUUGAUUGCUUCGACUUGGUGUGACACCACACUCGGGUUCGAAUCUCGAAUAAAUGGUACCUACUAUUUGUCUCCCCUCCUAAUUUACGCUCCGCCGUGUCCGAUACGUGUCCCGGGGCGUAUAUCAUACCCUAUACGUUGUAUUCCUGUUUUAUCGUGCUAAAUAAUCCGCCUUUUAUAUUUAGCGAGGAAUUAAAUGUUUUUGUCUUGAAAGAUUUUAAACGAUGUUGGUUAGUAUCGGCUGUAUUGUAUAUUAUAUCAAUCAAGGUGAUCGCAGCCCUGAUGUUACGUGCUUUAUUAAUGUUGAGCUUUAUAAUCAUUGUUAUAAGUCACAAAAUACAUUGAUGUCAUAAAAUUUUAUAUUUAACACUCAUUUUCACCGUGAAUCCUAUUUAUUUUACAAGUUUUAAUCCAUUUAAUGUACUUACCGUUUUUCUAAUGAUAGAUUAAUGUCCGCGAAACACUAAGUGCUUUGUAUCAUUGUUAGUUCAUAGCUUUAAUGUAGCGAGUACUGUAAAUGUAGCCGAGUAACAAAAUUUCAGACAUUCGUAUGUUUUUCUGUGUAAUGUACGAGUUUGUGUACGUUUAGUGGUUUUUAUUAACACUCGAAUUAUAUUAUAGUAUACCUACAUUUAUAUUAAAGAAUAACCGUAUCCGAUGUAUCCGAUGUUUACUAAUAAUUUUAUAAAAUAGUUUAAUUAGAUAUCUUUUGUAGUACCAGGAUUUAUGUAAAACGUACGUUCUAAUGUAUUCCGUAAAUAUAAUACGAAGGCCGCGCAAUAGAAUGCGGCAACACACCCUCGUACCAAGUACCCGGUAUAUAAGCUAACAUAUCCAUUAAAUUUUAAACCAUACCCGUCUAUAUAAACCUGGUUGUAGAUCGUUGCGUACGGUACGUAAUAUAUAAGUCGAUGUCGUAGUUUUAUCACAACCGGUAAUUAAUUAAAAAUUCAAUUAUUGGAUGCAACAGCAACGUAAGUGUCACACGGCUCGGUUCUUAAGUGAAUCACAGCAGUGUGAUACGCUGUAGAUAAAUUAAUGCACUUUUAUAUGUUGUUAUAGAUGUGAAAAAUGUUUGUAACGUACAAGACAAUGAACGAAUGUAUCGUUAAGUUAAAAGUUUGACUGAAUUAUGUAAAUGCUUUAAUUGGACAUAAUAACAGCGCUCUCAAGGCUUCGGGUGUAUUUGCUUUGAAAAAAAAAAUUGUCAUUAUAUAUUUUAAUAUUUAUUAUUUCUUUAUAUAUAUAUAUUAAAAUCUGAAAGAUUACGACGCGGUCGCCGCGGUGGGUGACUGAGUAUCAAAUAACUCCUCAUUUUAAAUGGGAUAGCACAAAUAUGUAUUAGUUAAUUAAGUUCAUAAUAUCAGACUCUGCACAAAUAAAAUGACAUUGAACAAACAUAAUAUAUUAAAAAAAAUAAAAAAUAACGCGCCUUAAUAUGUUAUUAUGUUUGUGCAAAGUCCUCGUCUACGAGUCAACGGUAAAUGUUUUAUUUUCUAGGUGGAGUCGAAGCUAACUCUAGUUUUGGUUACAUUUAAAUCGAAUUUUCCUUAACAAUGUAUCGACCUAAUAUAAUCUUGUAUUGACA